AGCUUUACAGCAGUAACCUUAUCAGAAUCUGUGUACUCCCUUCGUAACAACUCUAAAGAUACUGGGCACGAAUCAAGGAGUGUACGAAGCAGCAGCAAGAAGACAAGAUUGGAUAGUUUAUUGAACAAACUAAG